CGAGGCUCCUGGCUCGUGCCAUCCUGCCCCACAGCCCGGGAGUCACCGCGGCUGGGGCGAGGGCAGAGGGCAAGGCGAGGAUUUCCUGAUCUUCACCCGCCGACCCCCCGCGCCCGCCCCCGCGUGGCUCCCCGGCUGCACGCCCGUGCCUGCGGCCCUGCGCUCCAGAAAGGGAUCGGGCGUCGGAGAGGGUCUGGGGGCUCCGCCACGGGCCCCCGCCCCGCCGCAGCCCCGCUCCUCCCCGCGCGGCCCCACUUGUGGCCCCGCCGGCAGGCGCGCGAGGACAGCUGCAUUUCUCGCCGCCCGCCGCUAGGAAGCUGGCCUCGCCUCGCUUUCUCCGCCUCCCGCGCCCCAGCCGCGCCGCCGCGCCGGGCCCGCCGCCGCCGCGGGAUCGCCGCCCCUCCCCCAGCCCGCCGGCCCCACCGGCCCGCGGGGCGCGGACGCGCGUGGCGGCUGCUCGGUGGGACCGUCCGUGGAGCUGGCCCCAGGAUGCUCUGGGGGUGUGGAUGACCAGCCGUCGAGCCUCCCACGGCCCAGGCCCGGAUGCCGCCGCCCCACGAAGACCACUCCCAGAGGACCACCUAGUUUCCUGACCCGGGGACCCCGCCCGUCCGGUCCCCAUCUGGUCGCCCGGCGGCCGGGCAAGGCGCGGGAGUAGCUUCCCGAGCCCGCCAAGCGCGCGAGACGGCGCAGGGAUCUGGGGAAAAGGGCUUGGCGCCGCCGGGCAGCACCUUCGCCCAAAGGCUCGGCAAAAUGACCAGCCUGUUCCGCCGGAGCAGCGGCGGCGGCGGGGGCGGCGGCGGGGGCGGCUCCGCCGGGGCGCGCGGGGCCGGGGGCAGCGCCGCGCCCACCGCCCAGGAGCUCAACAACAGCCGGCCCGCCCGCCAGGUGCGCCGCCUGGAGUUCAACCAGGCCAUGGACGACUUCAAGACCAUGUUCCCCAACAUGGAUUACGACAUCAUCGAGUGCGUGCUGCGCGCCAACAGCGGCGCCGUGGACGCCACCAUCGACCAGCUGCUGCAGAUGAACCUGGAGGGGGGUGGCGGCGGCGUCUAUGAAGACAGCUCCGACUCGGAGGACAGCAUUCCCCCGGAGAUUUUGGAAAGGACUUUGGAACCUGAUAGCUCCGAUGAAGAGCCCCCGCCCGUGUACUCCCCACCAGCCUACCACAUGCACAUGUUCGACAGGCCUUACCCUCUGGCUCCGCCCACUCCACCUCCCCGCAUCGACGUGCUGGACUCCGCACCCGCUUCCAGCCAGAGGCGCUAUCGGAACUGGAACCCGCCACUGCUGGGCAACCUCCCCGACGACUUUCUCCGCAUCCUGCCCCAGCAGCUGGACAGCGUGCAGGGGAACCCCAGGGGCUCCAAGCCCAUGAACAGAGAGGGAGGCCUGCCCCCCGCGGCCGGGCCCGGGACCCGGGACCAGGAGAGCCGCUGGAAGCAGUACCUGGAGGACGAGAGGAUCGCGCUCUUCCUGCAGAACGAGGAGUUCAUGAAGGAGCUGCAGCGCAACAGAGACUUCCUCCUGGCCCUGGAGAGAGAUCGAUUGAAAUACGAGUCCCAGAAGUCCAAGUCCAGCAGCAUGGCUGUGGGAAAUGACCUUGGCUUCCCCUCUCCUGCCCCAGGAACCAAUGACGCCAACCCCGCCGUGUCUGAAGAUGCCUUAUUCAGGGACAAGUUGAAACACAUGGGCAAAUCCACCCGGAGGAAGCUGUUUGAACUGGCCAGGGCCUUCUCGGAGAAGACCAAGAUGAGGAAGUCAAAGAGGAAACACUUGUUGAAGCAUCAGUCGCUGGGGGCUGCUGCGUCAACAGCCAAUCUCCUGGACGACGUGGAGGGCCACACCUGUGACGAAGACUUCCGGGGCAGGCGGCAGGAGGUGCCCAAGGUGGAGGAAGCCCUAAGGGAAGGACAGUAAGAGGAACCAGUGGUGAAGGACCACGGGGCUUCACGGGAAAAGACUUCCCCAUCCCUUCUCCUUACCAGAUGACAGUUCCUCCUCGCUGGAGAUGAUCUGACCCGGUGGAGGCAGCCGGAGAGCAAUACCGGCCCCCAGUUGAAGAGCCUAGCUGCAGCCGGACAGACGGACAGAUGGUGCUUGAGUACCGAGGCCCAGCGAUUCUCCGGCCACAGUCCAGCCGAGCCACUGCCACUUUCAAUGGGACUUAGAACUUCGGAGUUGCAUGCUGUGAUUGGAGGAAGGACCUGGAAGGAGGGGUGGGGGGCGGGUACGGGGGGUGGUGAUUGGCCAACCAGGGCCCCUUUUGUAGCCAGGCUGUUCUAUGGGCAAUGAGUGGAAAUGCAGGAUCCAAACCCCUUCUUUAAAAAAAAAAAAAUCCAGAAACAGGCAAAGGUUGGAGCACCACAAAGGGCAGGAUGACCUCCCAGAGGCUCUUGGGCCUGAUGGUGGAGCCCCUGCCUCCCAGCCUUUCCUGUCACCCCUGCUGGGCCACACACUGCCUGAUCCCCUACCCCAUCCCCAGCUCCCUCUGGGCACUUGAGCCCUUCAGUCCCACUGUCUUCUAUGGCACAGCCCCUGCACAGGGCGCCAGGAGGGAGAGCCCUGGGCAGUCACCGGCCCCCCUCUGAGGGGUGAUGAGCCACUAAAGAGAGGCAUCUGCUGACUACCCUGCCUGGCCCCUCAGGCUGCCUCCUUAGGGGCUGGCACGACCCCCAGCAGGGAUGGGGAGGGUGGCCGCCCCGGAGCUGGAGGACCCUGGUUAGGCAGGAGUAGUGUGGGGCAAGGGGAGGAGGCUGUCGGUCAGGGUGGGAGCGCCUGGGGCAGAAGGGCUUGCUGGGUGCCCCUUGUCGAGAGCCCAAGAUCCAGGUGAAUGAUCCCAGGAGGAACAGGACUCCGCUUCUGCGAACCUUACCCGGCGUCAACCACUGCCAAUGGGAGGGAUGAGAGCGCGCCGACCUCUCCUCUGGGGAGACAGGAAUCCUGGGCAGCCCGGGGUGUGAGUCACCUCCUCUCCCCACCCCGCCCCUGAGUGUGGAAGCAGCCCAGCCGCGCGGGGGCUGGGAGUGCGUGAGCCAAGCUUUUGCGGGGCCGGGUGGCCUCAAGUCACACCGAGAUGGUGAGGGCGUGGCGGGCGCUCAGGACCGCAGGCGGAGGCGACCCGCCAUCGCACCCCUUUGCUUCCGCGUCCCGAGGUGCGGGAGGGGCCGGGCGAGCCACCGCGGCUGCACGUGACCACGUUUGGAAGUUGGGGGGCAAGCCCUCCCGGGAGGGGCGGCCCACCCUCCGCCGGCCAGACGAGGGCGCCCAGGCCCCGCAGCCCGCGCUCCAGCGGGACCUGACCCGAACCUGACCCCGAGGGGCUGAGGCGGCCCCUGGGCUGUGGUCCUGGCCACGCUCUGAGCUAGAACCCUGCGCACCGCGGGGGAGCUCCGGCCCCGCGUCUGUGUGUUGCUUUAUUAGUGUUUUCCUUUUUCUUUUUUUCCUACGUGUGGGUUUUCUCUUGGGGCUGUUUCUUAAUUCCUGUAAUAAAGACUCGGUGUUCUCUUGGUGCUCUGA